AUGAAGUUCUCUUUUCCCUGCUCAAAAUGUUUCUCUUCACCUGGAAUCGUCGAUGAUAACACACACGGUUUACAAUUUCUUCAAAAUGUCCACGCCUUCACGUACAAAGAAUUGAAAGUCGCCACCAAUGAUUUCCAUCCAUCCAAUAAAAUUGGUGAAGGUGGAUUUGGAUCUGUUUAUAAGGGAAGACUUAAUGACGGAGUAGAUGUGGCUGUGAAAGUGCUUUCAGCUGAAUCAAAGCAAGGAGACAGGGAGUUCAUGUCCGAGCUAGCAUCACUCUCCAACAUUUGCCAUCAAAAUCUGGUCAAGAUGCGCGGUGGCUGCAUCGAAGGCUGCCGUCGAAUUCUUGUUUAUGAUUACAUGGAGCACAACAGCCUCGCACACAUGUUGCAAGAUGAGGAGAAAAUUAGGUCAAAAUUGAAUUGGAGGGUACGGCGAGAAAUUUGUCUAGGAAUUGCUAGGGGGCUUGCUCACAUUCACGAGGAGGUAAAACCACACCUUGUGCACAGAGAUAUCAAAGCCAGCAACAUACUUUUGGAGAAGAACUUUCAUCCAAGAAUCUCAGAUUUUGGAUUGUCAAAACUAUUCCCAGAAAACAUUACUCACAUCAGUACACGAGUGGCUGGAACAUUAGGCUAUCUUGCUCCGGAAUAUGCCAUUUCUGGACACCUAACCCGAAAGUCAGACGUAUACAGUUUUGGAGUGUUGAUUUUACAAAUAGUCAGUGGAAGAUCUGCAGUUGACUUUGAUCUAGAGCUUGGAGAACAUUAUCUUGUCCAAAAGGCAUGGGAAAUGUACAAGAGCAAGAGGCUUGUGGAUCUGGUGGACUCUAGGCUUGAAGUUGAUGGAAACUUUUCAGAAACAGAAGCCAUCGAGUUCUUAAAGUUGGGUCUGCUUUGCGUACAAGAGAAAUGCAGCCUCCGGCCCCGCAUGUCGACAGCCAUUAAGCUCAUGACGAUGAUGAACAUCAAGGAUGAGGUGAACAUCAAGGAUGAGAUGACAAUGAAUUUGUUUAUGAACGUGGAAAUUUGUGAGCCAGGAGUUAUUACUGAUAAGAUGGACCUAAAAAUAGCCCACAGGACUGAUAGAAGCUCACCACUUAGCAAUAUCUCCACCAUGCCAAGCCCCCAAAUAUAUCUACACCAUAAA